CACUUGAUUCGGAGUGGACGACUAAAGUAGUUUUUCAGUUAAAGAUGGCAGGUUAUCUUAAGGUCCUCGGUUUUCUCACCAGGUCUGCUACUUUAUCCAAAAGGCACGCGGUCAUUGCUGCUCAAGGCUGCCAGGCUUUACAGCAGAGGAACUAAUGCCCUACACUGCUUCCGAAUGGCUUAGCUUCAUGGUUUAUUUUUGUCCUUGUUCAACCAACUGCACUACUGAUGCCUACCUUUAAGAUACUUCAGCCUCCAGUCACUUCCAGAGUCUACACCACAGAACAGUUUAAUGAUGCUGACCGGCGCAUCAAGGUGGCUCAGCCAGUUGUGGAGAUGGAUGGAGAUGAGAUGACUAGGAUAAUUUGGGAAUUCAUCAAAGAAAAGCUCAUCCUAACCAAUGUUGAUGUGGAGCUAAAAUACUUUGACCUUGGCCUCCCCUACCGUGACCAGACUGAUGACCAGGUUACCAUUGAUUCAGCCUUAGCAACCAAGAAGUACAAUGUUGCUGUCAAAUGCGCAACUAUCACUCCUGACGAGGCCAGGGUUGAAGAGUUCAACUUGAAGAAAAUGUGGAAAAGUCCUAACGGAACCAUCAGAAAUAUCUUGGGUGGCACGGUUUUUCGUGAACCUAUCAUCUGCAAGAACAUUCCCAGACUUGUUCCUGGUUGGACACAGCCGAUCACAAUUGGCAGACAUGCCUUUGGUGACCAGUACAGAGCCACAGACUUUGUUGUGAAUGCACCAGGCAAAUUUAAGAUCAGCUUUACUCCAGCUGAUGGAAGCAAAGGCCAGGACUGGGAAGUAUUCAAUUUCCUUGGGGGUGGCUGUGGAAUGGGCAUGUACAAUACUGAUGAGCACCAACACACAAGGAUAGAAAUAAGGUUUUCUGGAACUUCUCCGAAGACUAAAUGUGGUCUAAAAUGGGACUUUCUUGAUCUGAAUUUGAGUCACCAUUUGCACCAACCCAGAAUUUUAAAUAUUUUAAAUAAUGCCAAUAUUUUAAAAGGUGAAGACAGUUCCUCAUGUUAUUUCCAUUUUGCUUUUAUUUUCUCGCUUCCUCUCCCUCUCCACAAGUCCAUCACUGGCUUUGCUCACAGCUGUUUCCAGUAUGCUAUCCAGAAAAAAUGGCCUCUCUACAUGAGCACUAAGAAUACCAUCUUGAAAGCGUAUGAUGGCCGCUUCAAGGACAUCUUUCAGGACAUCUUUGAGAAGAAAUAUAAGCCAGAGUUUGACAAACUGAAGAUCUGGUAUGAACACAGACUUAUUGAUGACAUGGUGGCACAAGUUUUGAAGUCUUCUGGUGCUUUCGUUUGGGCUUGCAAGAACUAUGAUGGAGAUGUCCAGUCCGAUAUUUUGGCUCAAGGUUUUGGCUCCCUGGGAUUGAUGACCUCUGUUCUAGUGUGUCCUGAUGGAAAGACCAUUGAGGCUGAAGCUGCUCAUGGCACAGUCACUAGGCAUUACCGUGAGCAUCAGAAGGGAAGACCAACCAGCACCAAUCCUAUUGCAAGCAUCUUUGCAUGGACCAGAGGACUGGAACACAGAGGAAAGCUUGAUGCAAACCCAGAUUUGAUUAAGUUUUCUCAGACUCUUGAAAGUGUGUGUGUGGAGACUGUGGAGAAGGGGAUUAUGACCAAGGAUCUGGCUGGCUGCAUUCAUGGACUCUCAAACGUUAAGAUUAAUGAACAUUAUGUGAACACCACGGACUUCCUAGAUGCAAUCAAGACCAACUUGGACAAAGCCCUGGGUAAAUGAAGAAGGUGGACACUGAAGCGCGUCUUUUCCUUUUUGUACCUCAUUUAAAGUAAACAUCAUCGUAACCAUAAUCAUUGUUGCUGAAGGGAAAGGUUAAAAAGGAUCCUGUGUUUUUCUGUAGCAGUGCUGUUUGCUAGUGUUCGCUAAAUUGUAUUAGUCACCAGUCCACUUCAUUUCCCAACUACAAGGUUUUAGUUUUGUAAUAUGAAGUAAUGUAUGUAAUACUGUAUUAAACCAUGAAAAUAAAGGCAAAAAGCAAUUUUGGAAACCUAAUAAAUUUUGUUUUGUCUUAAA